AUGCAGUCAACUUCAGAUUUUCAACAACAACAACAAGAAAAAAUUUCUCAAAUACGUCAUCCUGGAAUUUUCGCAAACUUUAUAUAUAAAAUUGUAGAACUUGCUACCUAUACUUCCGCUUUUGCCACUAAUGCUAUUAAUAUAUUAAGUGAAAAUACGUUAAAUACUGGAGGUCAUUCAACAAGACGAAAUUAUGGUUACGAUGAUAUCGAUUAUGAUGAAAAUGUCUAUGAUCAUAAGGAAAAAGAUGUUUCUACUUGGGGUGAAAAUGUAGAAACUGUUGAAGAUGAAGAACUUCCUCCACCUUACGCAACAACAUUUGCAACUACCAAUACAACAACAACCGAAACUAAACUUUCACUUACAAUUGAUUAUCCAACUAUUCAAACUUCUCAAAAAAUUUCAACACCAACACACUCACCAACGAAUUCAACUUCACGAAGAAGAAAAUUCCGUGUUCGUCGUGGCCGUAGAAUUAUACGUCGCAAAUCAUCUUCCAUUGAUAUGAAUAUUAUUGAAAAUACGGAUACUCAUACUGAUAAUAAUGUCGAUCAUGAUGUUGAUAAUUUUAAUAUGGAUAGUCAUAUUGAUAAUAAUUUUGAUGAUGAUGUUGAUACUGAUAAUAAUGUCGAUGAUGAUGUAGAUAUUAUCUAUGAAAGACUUAAUUCCAAAAUAUCUGAUAUGAUAGCCGAAGGUGAAGCUGCUUUAAUCAGUAAGGUUGAAAUUACAGAAGUUGACAUGAUACUUGCUGAGGAAAAAGAAUACAAAGAACGAAUUAUGAAAGAAUUUGGAAUUCAAACUCCACUUCGUAGGCGAGCUCGUACAAAUUUUAAUGUCCACAAUUACAAUUACAAUUACAAUUUUUAA